GACUGCACGUUUAUUGUGAAUAUUUUGAAAAAAAAAAAAAAAACAUUUUGUUACACACUACAAACUAUGAGGAUGAAUAUAUUAAAUAAGUAGUACAGACUAUUGAAUAGAUCAGAUUUAGCAGUGGUGGAUAAUAAAUUAAUGCAGCUUUUAAGUCUAAAUAUGGAUUUUUAUGUUAGUUUAUUUUAAUUUCUGAUGCAUUAAUGUAUAAAUGCAAUUCAAAUGUUAUAGUUGGUUAAGGUGGGCUCAUUUUAACUACUUUAUAUUCCAGACUAUAGUUUGUUUAAUCUGUAAUAACACAUAAUAUUAUAUAUGCAUCUGUCAGCUCACCUUAUGCUUUCCAUGAAAAAUCUUUAUCUAUAAAGAAACUAAGUUGUAACACUAGAUGUUUGCUUAAGACGUACAGGGUUUACCUUUGAAAUGUAGUGAAGCAGAGGUACAGAUUAGCAUAAAAAGUACUUCUAUUAAAGUAUUUGUACUUUACCCUGAAACUGUACUGGAAUUCAGUGCUUCAGUAAAUGUGCUUACUUAAUUUCCACAACUGUUGUAUUACAAGGCACACACAAAUACAACACACAGCAGACAUGCUACUGAUCAGAGAGAUGGGAAUGAAAAGUAUUGUUUGUUGAUCUGGGUGCUACAUUAUGAGAUGGGUUUACUUCAGUAUUCAUUAUAUGACUGAUGAUGAGUCAUGCUGCUACUCUUUGUCUCUCUCACAUUAGAGCAGACACUAAAUAGAUAAAUGCUCAAAAACACUGCACGACAAGACAGAUUCAAACACUCACCAUGACAACACACACAGCAUUGCAGCCACACAUGCUCACACACUCCGUGGACUCAGGUGUGUGUGUGAAUAAAGAUCUCAGCUUUGACGUUUCUUUGCAAAGCACAGACUGUGGAGCCACGAGCGAUCACAGAGAAAACAAUCAAGUUGAUGGCCCAGAAACCAACUCUCAACCUGAAGCGCAAAACAGUAACGAGGAACCGGCUGAAAGGAACUCAGAGGAUCGAGAUAUGAAUUACGCUGCCAUUUCAGAUCCAGGUCUAGUCACUGGUACUGCUGGGGGAUUGAAGGGUUCCACCUCUGCUGUUACUCCUGAAAUGGACAACACAAAAGCUCUUUCCAUGUUGGCACUUCCACCUCCACUUCCUCCCAAGCGCCGCCAGAGGUCACCCACAUUUGAGAAAACUUCAAGCCCGGGCCAAGAAUUUAAAGCUUUCAAUACAGAGGAUAAAACCUUGAAGUCACUGGCAUGCCAGAUGUCUCCUGUUCUGGGUGGAGUUACAGACAACACUCGAUGCUCUGAUCUUAUUAGUGGGAAAGUACCUAACACGCACAACAACUACACAUUUGGAACUUUACCAAAAUUGCAACCACAAUGUGUACCACAGCCUCCUCAAAGACCUCCUCCCAAACCUGUAAAAUCCUCACAGGUUGUUAACUCGAAGUGGAGGAAACACAACAAAAAGACUCGAGACACAAUGAACAUGCAAAAGCGAGAUUUAACUGAGACAAAUGAGAUGAUGGGAGAGAAUGAGGAAAAAUCAGAGAUGGAAUAUCAUUUGAAUGUGAGUAAACCUGUACGAGAGAUCUUAGUAUUAUUCACUGACAUUGAGAAAGAUGGAGAAAAGAUGAAGGAAGAUGAAUAUCUAAGUGAUACUGAGUUGACUCCUACCAUGACAGAAAAUCCUUCCCUGCCACCCUCAGGUGAAAAACCUGACUCGGCAGCAACCAGCUGCAACUCUACAGUUUCACCAAAGCCAGGACCAAUGAUUCCAGCACUGCCUCCUCCAAAAUCAUAUCAGAAAUGUCCCCCAAAGCCACCUAUCAAACCCCCACACCUCCUCAGUACAAUGAGAGCUGGGAUAGAAGAGGAAAAGGAGAGGAGGAACCAGGAGGAAAAACAGUGGAGAGAGAAAGACCUGUUGGAUGAGGAGAGAGAUGAAAAUGGAGGCGAAAGAAAAGACAGGGGAGAGGUAAAUGGAGAGCCCAGAGAUACUGAGUUGACCAGUCCAACGGUGACAGAAAUAUCUUCCCAACUGGGAGAAAUGGUUAAGAAGUCCACCUCCAACACUUCAGGAAGUCAGGAGGUAGAAUCUCCAAGAGGAGGAACUCUUGAUGGUCAAUCUCAGCACCAAUGGAAACAACACCAGAGCGAAGCAAACAGACAGGUUAAAUCUGGUCCUCUUCCACAAGAGGUUCCUGCUCAGAUCAACCCCAUAGGUCCAGACUCAAACAUGGAGAUGAUCAAAUGGACGGAAAAAAGCAAAGGAAUCCAGAUGUCAGGGCAAGGUGGGCAAGUGAUUUCUGAUUUGCCACCUGGAUUUUCAGAAGGGACAGAGGUGGUAGGGACACAGUUCAGUCCAUGUCAGCCAGGGCUGAAGAGGUUAGAGGACGUAUUGGAAAUUGUGGAGACACCUCCAGAUGGAAAAGCAAAGCAAACAAACCAGAAGCCUGGUGCAAAAGGAAAGGUGAGACAGCUUGCCAAGAAGGUGAUGUGUAGACUGAAAGAGGGAAGAGAGGAGAAAAGAAGAACCAAAGUGGGAGAAAUAGAAAUAGAAGGAAUAACAGAGGAUGAAACUGAAGUGGCACAGGAUGACAGGAGACACGGGGGAGAAGAAGGGAUGAAGGCUAAGGAGGAGGAAGUGAUGAACGAAGAUGCAGCAGUGACAAAGAUAGCGAGCCAUGUUGACCUGAUAGAGAAGAGCAUUAAAAGAAGAAAUGCAACAUCUGAAAGUCCUUUUAGCUCAUUCAAAGUGUGCAGCCCAGUGAAGCUGGUGGAGGAGCUCCUGGCAGGUGAUGAGUGGUCACAGUUUGUGUACCAGAGCUCCACAGCUGAGCUGACCUCGCAGCAGACAGAGGACACAGCACAGUUUAACUCUGACCUGGAGCCCAGUGUGGAUGUGUUUGAAGGUAACCCUCCUGUCCCAGAGGAGGAACCUAUCUAUGAGGACGUCAACCUAUUAAGUGUCAUCACAGAGGAGCAACAGGAGAGGAACACAGCACCUGUUACUGCUCUACCACAGGUUUUACUGGAGAGUGACACACAUCUGAUGAGCCCCAGGACCAAAGACAUUUACGAGACAGUGAAGUUUAUCGAGCCUGUGCAGCCUGCAAACACAUAUAACGAAUUUACUUUUGUUAAGUCUCAGGUGGUUCUGGACAGUUCAGUUCAGAAAUAUCUCAUCAAGCUGAACAAGAAGAGGAAACACAGAACAGUAUGGAAACGACGUCGGGACAGAAACCACGAGACCCACAGUCAGUCUCCCUUAUCCACCUCUCCACAACAAGUCUUCCCUACUUCCGUCUUCUACAAUGUCCUAGCUGUAGGAGGAGAGGAAGAACAACAGCUCUCUGCAAUCAAAUCUGGAGGAAGCAGUCCCAGGAGUCUGGCCAAGAUAAAGAAGACGGCUCUGAAGGAUAAAACCAUACUGAGACCAGCUCAGCCAAAGGAGGGCAGAGGAAAGUAGAGGACACUUCAUCCAGUGUGUUUAAUGUUAACAUCAUGUGUCCUAACCAUCAAGACUGGUAAUUCACAUAGAUGAGCGUGUGAUCUUUCAACCUUGGCAAUCACCAAAUUUGGAAAUUCAGUGUUAAGAGGGAAUGUAAUGUUACCUUCCUCUUUUUUUUUAUCUAAUACAUUUUAUUGGGUAUUCUAACAGACUUGAUAUCUGAUCUUGAAAACCAAACAGGGUCAGGCCUCGUCAGUACCUCCCAGUGCUGUAAUGUUUUUCACCCUAUGGGUCCAGUGUGAAAUAUUUACAGGGAUCUAUUAGUAGAAAUGAAAUAUAAUAUACAAAAAUAUGUUUUUAUUAGUGAGUAAUCACCUAAAACUAAUCAUCACUGUGUUUUCGUUCUCUUAGAAUGAACGGUUUAUAUCUACAUAUGGAGCAGGUCCUCUUCUACAGAGUCAGCCACGUUUCUACAGUAGCCCAGAACGGACAAACUGAACCAAACAGUGGCUUAAUAUAAAGCUGUUCAUGUUUUCAUGUUGACAUCACAGCCUGUACCAUGUCAGCUGUUACCUACAGUUUUACAGAUUAACAAAUAAAUACAGUAUCUAAAAUACACUGUGUUUCCUGUGAGGUGACUGUU